AUGCCGCAGAUGGAGGCAGGCAGCAGAGGCCAGCGCGGAGAAAGCGCUGCCGACACUGAGAGAGCUGCUAAGGCGCAGAUCUCCCAAGAAAUCGAAGAAGCUUGCCCGAAAAAUGCCAUUCACUUCAUUGUGGACUUCCUCUGCAAACACUACCCCGAGCACCUGAAGGGUUUCGCCUCUGUUUGGAACGCAAACCCCGAGCUGGAGAGAGAGCGGCUGCUGGUUGUUGAGUUUUUCAAAGCCCAGAAGCUCCCGACUGACGUCGCCUCGCACUUCACGAAUGCGGGAUUUGACACGCUCGAAACCCUCUGCACGCUGACUGCUGAGGCGCUGGACGACAUCGAGAAGUUCAACCAGACGCGGUGGCUGCCGGGCCACAAAGUGCGGCUGCAGCAAACCUUCGCCGACAUCGCGGGGCGAGUGCGGGCCUUCACCGAAGAAAGGGACUACUUGCUGCGCGCUGCUUCGGGCUUUUGCCCCCACCCGCAGCUCGUCAGCAAACAAAGUCUCGUGCCAGUCCAGCCCGCGGCCUUUGCCUCUUCUUUCCCCCCUUCGAGCGGCCUCUGCUGCAGCCUGGGGCCUCCGCAGGCCUCCACUUCCGUGGCUUACCGCGCGGCGCCCUACACCGCCGUCUACAGCCCCACUUCAACUCAAGUGGUCACUUAUUCCCCGGACUUGACUCGAAAUUAG